AUGCCUCUUCACUACGGAAAUGAAUAUCAUGGUGCCAUUGCUAGAGAAGAUACGAAUAAACUACUGCUUCGAGAUGGAUUUUACUUAGUAAGAGAAAGCCUUAAAAGUUUAGGAAACUAUUCUCUUUCAUUCAAGUUGUUUAAAGAAGUGAAACAUUAUCGACUAUAUUUCGAUGGCUCACACCAUUUCAUAGAUGAGAAGAAAUAUGACACUGUUUAUGACCUGGUUGAAGAUGGCUUAAUAUCGCUCUAUGUUACAACGAAAGGUAGAAAUUAUAUUGAUAGGCUGUUUGGUUGGACAGAUUUUAAAGGCUCUGAAGCAGUAGAUAACGUCGAUGGCAAAUCAACGAUGGACAAGAAAAGAAAUACAAGUACUGCCAGUAAUGCCAGUAUUGAAGGAAUGACUGAAAAGAUGAUGAGCUUUGUUGGCUUUCAUUGGUGUGAUUAUUGUCGAAAUUUCAUGUGGGGGCUAAAGCAACAAGGAGCAAGAUGCAAAAAAUGUGGAUACUGCGUUCAUAAGCAAUGUAUUAACAGAGUGAUUACCGGCUGCACACCUAAAAAGACUUCAAAUCGAGUAUUUGGAAUUGAUUUAACUGCCUUACUAAGCUUGACCAAUACUCCUCGCCCGCUAGUUUUUGAUAAAUGUGUGGAAGCUGUUGAAAGCUGGGGGAUCGAUACUGAAGGGUUGUACAGAGAGCCUGGCUCUGCAACGGAUGUAAAGAUACUUAAGAGCAAAUUUGAUGAAGACGAUACCAAGGUCGAAUUGACACCGCAGUUAUAUCCUCAUAUUCAGGUUAUAACUAGUCUUCUAAAAUUAUACCUUCGAGAAUUGCCUGUACCUUUGAUUCCUUACCAUCAGUACAAUGCCUUUAUCGAAAUAGUGGAUAUGAAACAUGAAAUAGAUAAAGUCAAUACAUUGAAACAGUUAUUGUCGGCUCUUCCGCCUGCCCAUUACGAUAUGUUAAAGCACUUAGUUCAACACUUAAAUAGAGUUAUCAAACACGAAGAUAAAAAUUUGAUGAGUGCAAGUAACCUUGGCGUAGUAUUUGGUCCUUCGAUUAUGAAAACACCAAUCAGCGAGGAAGGGUGGCGAAAUUUAACCGACAUGAGAAGCCAACGCCUUGUUGUUGAGAAUCUGAUUUUGCUGAAUGAUAAAUUAUUCUGA